AUAAUACUUUAUCAAAUGUGAAGAAAGAAGAACUAACUUGAACUGAAUUAAGGGGAAAAUGAAAAAAUUGUCUCACACAAAACUCCUUAGUCUCUUUAGAUUUUCCUCUUUCUCUUCAACUUCUCGUUUCAACCACUUCACCACCUCCACCGCCACCGCCACCGCCAGUUUGAAAUCUGAUGCAGUAACAAGAACAAUACUGAAAUUGAAAGUAAAAGCCCUCAAACUUUCCCAAUCACAGCGUGCCUUCAUUUUUCAACCACCUCUCAAUCUUACUGCUAACUACCUCCGCAAUUUCCCCUAUUCUGGGAUUGGAUGCAUCCUAGGCGCGUCGGUUGCAACUGCGUCAACUAUUGCUUAUUCCAUGGAUGUAGUUGAGGAUGCUUUGUGGGAUAAUCGUCGUAACAAUUCACAAGAUCUUCUAGAGGAUGAAGAAAAUAUACAAGAUCUGUGGAAAGUAGUUGGAAAACUUUGGCUGCCAAUUUUGUUCUUUCUGACUGUGCUUACAAACUUGGAUAAUCCAUUUGCAAUAUUAUUCAUUAAACUGACGUUAUUCCUACACAGCACAAAGCCGAAUCCGUUCUCUGUUUAUGUUUCUGUUGAUCAGUUGUGCCAACAAUCUGUACGUGAAGAUACUAGUCUUUUUAACAAAAAGUCAGUAUAUGCCAGCAAAGUUGAAGUACAGGACUAUAAGCUUCUUUGUCUGGCUGAUGUUGAAGUAAAAGAUCACAAGUUUACUUUGGUUGGAAUUCUUGGUACAUGGUGGACUCUUCCGCAUUUACAGUCUUGGGAAGCACGGUGCUCUUUGGUUGGAAGAAGCAUCUUACUGCCAAGGAAUGAACAAGGAAAUCCUAUGUUGAACUGAAGAACUUACCCUUCCCAAAUUUUCUGUUGUGAAAGCCAUGAUUUUUUUUUUUUUUAUCUCUUGUUUCUAUUUUUAGGAAAAGAUUAGGGGUUAGUUUGUUACAAGGAGUGAGAGCUUAUUAUCAGCAUGGAUCAAACUCAGAACCUCCUUACUAUUUAUUUCUUCAGCAUUCCAACUCAUAACUGGACUUCACCUGUAAAGUUUUUUCUUUUUGUUCUUGAAAAGGGCUUACCCUUUCCAAGUCUUAUAUUAUGAUCAACAAGUUCAUCUUUUUAUAA